CGGGUUUAGAAGGAUUACCGCGGUGGGCUGGCUGGGGACGAAUCACACCGUCGCCGUCAUCGGUCGGUUUUCCAGCAGCGGUGGCAGCGAGUGGGAGCCGUGAUGGCAUGCGUUGCACCGACGACGUUAACGGUCAACUUAACACUUGAGGACAAGAAAACGGGAGGUCCAGUUUGAGUCCCGAGAUUAUGUCCGGACUGGAGCUUGUUGUGCUGCUCUGGAGAAAAGUUUACCAGGAGUAACGUUAGGAAUACUGUUUCACCAGCGGCGGUAAUAUGGCGGAGCGUACUUGCGAUGCCAACCUCCUCAGUAUCCCGGUGCCCCUUCGUCGCGGCGGCUCAGAGUCCAACCUGGACGUGGUGGACAGUGUUGGGGAUGAUGGAGUGGGCUUGGAUUUCACCAAGGGAGCGCUGGGCAUCGACAGCCUGCAGCAGAAGAUCCUUAAGGUGACGGAGCAGAUGAAGGUGGAGCAGACAGCUCGGGACCAGAACGUUGCCGAGUACCUGAAGCUGGUGAACAAUGCCGACAAGCAGCAGGUGGGACGAAUACGCCAGGUCUUUGAGAAGAAGAACCAGAAGUCGGCGCACACCAUUGCCCGGCUGCAGAGGAAGCUGGAGCAGUACCACCGCCGUGUGAAGGAAAGCGAGACCAACGGGAAGCACAGCCACAAGGAUGGCAACAACAAGGAGUCUGGGACUCACAGUAAAGAGGGCAGCCUGCGGGACGUCAGUGCCACCGGACGGCACCCGGCUCUGGAUAAGGUGAAGACAAUCGGGCCCGGGGUGUCGCUCUCGCCACCAUUCUUCUUCAACAAGUCACGGGAGUUCGCCAACCUCAUCAGGAACAAGUUUGGCAGCGCCGACAACAUCGCCCACCUCAAGAACCACAUGGACUCGGGGUCGGGGCUGCAGGUGGACAGCGCGUCGAGGGGUCUGAGCGGGAGCGCCACCACAGUAGCCAAACCGACCAAGUACCAGAGUGACGACGAGUGCUCCACGGGGACGUCUGCAUCCGCUGACUCAAACGGGAACCCAGCCGGGGGCUCCGGGGUGGGAUCUGGAGGUCCGGGGAGGUCGGACUCCAACGCGCGGCUGGGGGAGGUGCUGGACAUGGUGCGGGAGAUGAGGGAGGCUCAGGCCCUGCUGGUAGACGACAUGGAGACUCUGAAUACACAGUUCAAACGGGAUUACAGCUACUUCACUCAGAUGAUGCAGGAGGAGAGAUACAGAUAUGAGCGGUUGGAGGACCAGUUAAAUGACCUGACGGAGCUCCACCAACAUGAGACGUGUAAUCUGAAGCAGGAACUGGCCAGUAUAGAGGAGAAGGUGGCCUACCAGGCCUACGAGAGGGCCAGAGACAUACAGGAGGUCUUGGAGUCGUGCCAGACUCGUGUGUCAAAGCUGGAGCUCCAGCAGCAGCAGCAACAGACGGUUCAAGUGGAAAACACUGACGCCAAGGUGCUGCUGGGAAAAUGCAUCAACAUCAUGCUGGCUAUCGUCACCGUGAUCUUGGUGUGCGUUUCCACGGCGGCCAAGUUCACGGCCCCGCUGCUGCGAAGCCGCCUCCACCUGGCGUUCACCUGCGUGGCCCUGUCCCUGUUAGCGCUACUGUGGAAGAACUGGGAACAUUUACAGUGUGCUUUGGAACGAUUGCUCCUCCCGCACUGAUCAUAGGAAGCACAGAUGAGAGCAGAAAACCUCAUCAGCCCCGGGGCUCCGUGAUAGGGGGAUUUACAUGUAGCCUUACACCAGCCCUAGUUCCCCAGCGAUUUGGUGCUCCCCGGUGACAUGAUUACAACCGGCUCUGUGCUUUGUAUGUCUAAAGGGGUGCACACAAAGCCUUUUCCCACAAUGCACCUCCACUGUAACUCCAACACACAGAUGUAAGCUCAUAUAAGUUAUGACUGUGACAAAGAUCUGCAACGUGCUGUCUACAAGGCUGAAAGUGCAAACAUAUGGACUUUGCACAACUUUUGCAUUAAAGUACAUCACUACAGUCCAAAGUACCAGACGAGUAAAACAUGAAUCAGUAGGAAUUGCUCAGCCAUGGUAUUGGCUUUUUGAUUUCCCACCUGAUCCCAUGUGGUCAUCACACGAUUCUGGAUUGCAAAAACAGCAGACACUGAAAUCUAAAUAUAGAGGAUUUCGUUGGUGCAUGGAAAUACAUAUGUCCUGUUCUUUUAGGGAAGUGUAUUUGUUGUAACACCACCUAACACCGCUAAACCAACACGCACUGGCUGUGUGUGGCCAGUCUUGACCCCGCACAGUACGCCUACUCAUACACAAAAACACAUCCACCUGACGGUUGAUUUGUACUGUGUACUAAACUGUUCUGUAUUCAUGUGUCGUUUUUCUCGUCAGUGUCUAAUUCAAAAGGACAUUUUUUAAGUCGUUGUUUUAAACUGUGGGUGUUUUGUGUUUGUCUGAGUGUUCGUUGAUGUAUUGCACGCCUGCUUCUGUGUGUCUACACUGUUGCACAUCUAUUUGCUUUAUUGCUGAGAACAUCAACAUCACUCAUGUCUAAAUAUGAACCUAGAGCCGGGGGGGUAAUUAGCUUAGGAUAAAUACUGGAAACAUAGGGCAAACUGCUAGCCUGACAAAAUCCACCUGUAAAGCUCACCAAGUAACAUUAGUUUUUAAUUGUAUAAAAAUAGUGUAGAUAGAUAUUUUAUUCAUCCCAGGGGAAAUUUUAGCAGAACAAUGUGCUAUAAUUGUGGUUAUGUGCAGGACUAUUUCUUGGAUAGAAGCAUUAACUUUCUGCCACCUGUUGUUUUUACAUAUUUGGAAAUUAACAUGUUAGUCAGUAAGCUUUGAAGGUGCUGGUAGGUGGAUUUUGUUAUCUUUUGACAGCCGUUUCCCUCUUUCCAGUUUUUGUGCUAAGCCAAGCCCACCGGCUGCUGGUUGUAGUUUCUUAUUUACUGUACGGACCUGAGAGCUGUAUCAAUCUUAUCUAACUCUCUACAAGGAAGCGUAUAUGCAUAUUUCCCAUAAUGUCUAACUACACAUUUUAAACUGCCUCCUGUCUUGUUGAUUUGAUGCUUUGGGGUUUUCGUCAUGUAUAAUCUGUUUUAUGUUUUUCGGGUAACCGUGAGUUGACGACCAGCUUGCAUGUAAACUGAGGAAGGCCUAGAUGAUUAGAGAAAAUCUCUAAAUACGUGCACGUUUUACUUUAAUUGAUUGGCCUUUUUUUAUGAGGUGAACAGAACAAAUGAACUUUUGUGUGAUACCUUUGCUGCAUUCAAGUCCUGUAGGAAAAACAACUGCAACGUCCUGACAGUUCAGUCUUGAAAGGAUUCCUACCUGUUAAAAAUUGUUUUUAAGCCACAGAGAGACUUUGAGUGAUUACUGCUACUACAUUUCAGUUACUUAUAAUAUUUUCUUUCAGCCUUUUCACACAUGACUCUCUCGCACAGCUGGAAAAUGACUCACAGCUGGAAAUUAGAUAAAACUGUAAAAGAAAGUCUCCCCAUGUCAUUAUAUUUUAAGACUUAUGAAUUGUGAUGACUUGGAGGAUGAAGGUUGUUUUACUUUAAAUGAGUAUGUCUGUUCUUGUACUAUAAAACUGAAAUGUCAAUAAAUCCCCAAGCAGCGUUUACCACUUGAAACUUCCAUUGGCAGUAAUAUCAACUCCAUAACGACUGUUUUCCCAACGUGACUUGAAUGCUGCAUUGCAGAUUAGACGGAGGAAACUGAACAAUGUAGCUCCGUGCUCCCUAACCCUGUAUCACUGUGACGAUGAGGGACUGAAAUGAGACUGAUGCCUUUUCAAUGCAGCUUAUUUUCUUCUUUGUUUUGUCGUUGCAUCCCUUGAAAAGCCAAAUGUGGAUAUUUUAAGGCACAUAAGCCUUUCUAAGUAACACUGAAAUAAGUAUUU